CCUCCGCACGUUUUGCUUCCGGGUCCUGGAUGAAGCGCUCACUUUGUCUCCCGCAGUCCGUCCACUCGCAGCCGUUUGCGGGUUCGUUGCGUGAUGUAUCAUCAGCCGGUGCUAAAGAACAGGCGCACUCUGCUCGAGAGAGCGGAGAAGUUCGUCUCCGAUGUCUACUUCACCGACUGCAAUCUGAGAGGACGACUUUAUGGAGACUCUCGCCCUCUGGACUCUCUCUCUUCCUUCUUGUCCCUGGAACGAAUCACAUUCGCAGAAGCCUCCAAGCAGAACUUUGAGCCGUAUAAAGUUGGCAGCACCUUCGGGCCAACGUGGUGGACGUGCUGGUUUAAAGUGACCCUGACGGUCCCCGAGUCCUGGAGGGGGAAGGAGGUCCAUCUGCGGUGGGAGAGCGAUGGAGAAGCCAUGGUUUGGAGAGACGGGCAGCCGGUGCAGGGUCUGACUAAAGAGGGCGAGAAGACCAGUUACAUCCUGUCUGACUGCCUGGAGGAUGCGGAGCCCCACAGCCUCACCCUGUACGUGGAGACGGCCUGUAAUGGGCUGUUUGGCGCGGGUCAGGGGUCCGCGAUCGCCGCCCCAGACCCCGACAGGAUGUUCUCUGUCCAGAGAGCGGAGCUGGUCGUGUUCAACCGCGAGGUGAGGGAGCUGCUGACGGAUUUGGAGACGCUGGUCGACACCGUGAAGGUACGUCCGCCGGCACGUUUAAGGACGCGGGCCGAGUGCUGGCGCCCUCUGUGUGGUCCACAGGAGCUGGGCGAGGGGGAGCAGCGGGGCUUCCAGGCGCUGUUCGCGGCCAACGAGAUGGUGAACCUGUGCGACCCCUUCGACGCCGGCUCGUUCCCCGGGGCGCGCGCUCUGGCGCGCGGCUUCUUCGGCCAGAAGAACGGACAGAGCCAGCACACGGUCCACGCCAUGGGCCACUGCCACAUCGACACGGCCUGGCUCUGGCCUUACGAGGAGACCAUUCGCAAAUGUGGUCGAAGUUGGGUGACGACCAUUCGUUUGAUGGAAAAGAACCCAGACUUUGUGUUUACUUGCUCUCAGGCUCAACAGUUCCAGUGGGUUAAAAGCUGGUACCCGGGACUCUUCUCGCAGAUUCAGCACUUUGUCAAGAAAGGCCAGUUCGUUCCAGUGGGAGGAACAUGGGUGGAAAUGGAUGGGAACCUGCCGUCAGGCGAGUCCAUGGUCCGCCAGUUCCUGCAGGGACAGCGCUUCUUCAGCCAAGAGUUUGGACUCCACUGCAAAGAGUUCUGGCUUCCAGACACUUUCGGCUACUCGGCACAGCUUCCUCAAAUCAUGCAGGGAUGUGGGAUUUCCAACUUUUUGACGCAGAAGCUGAGCUGGAAUCUGGUCAACACCUUCCCCCACAACACAUUUUUUUGGGAAGGUCUAGACGGCUCAAGGGUUUUAACUCACUUCCCACCAGGAAAUUCCUAUGAAAUGAAGGGCAAAAUCGAAGACCUUGUGAAAACGGUGAGGAACAACAAAGACAAAGGCAGAGCCAAUCACAGCGCAGCGCUGUUUGGUUUCGGGGAUGGUGGCGGCGGACCCACACAGCUGAUGCUGGACAGACUGGACCGGGUCAAGGACACGGACGGACUUCCGAAAGUCCAGAUGUCGAGUCCAGACAAGCUGUUCUCGCAGCUUCGCGCUGACUCAGCUCUGCUGUGUACGUGGGCCGGAGAGCUGUUUCUGGAGCUUCACAAUGGCACCUACACCACGCAGGCGCAGAUCAAACGUGGGAACCGCGAGUGUGAGGCGCUCCUCCACGACGCCGAGGUGGCCUGCUGCCUGGCGCUGGGCCGAGACCGCACCUUCCAGUACCCCGACCAGAAGCUCCAGGAGCUGUGGAGGCUGCUUCUCCUCAACCAGUUCCAUGACGUGAUCCCCGGCAGCUGUAUAGAGAUGGUCGUGGACGAUGCCCUGAAGUAUUACGAAGACAUCCGUAGGGACGGCGGUGCCGUGCUGCAGGAGGCGUGCGGAGCCCUGGGCUCCAGAGGAACCGCUGCUGGCGUGUUCAACUCGCUGCCGUGGGAGCGUCAUGAAGUCAUCCAGACUGCGGGUGGCGCCGGUGGACCUGCUCUGGCGCUGGUCCGCGUCCCCAGCGUCGGUUUGUCCCUCAUCGAGGAGACGCAGCCUGCGACUCCGGUCUCCGUCACUGUUCAGGCCGACGGCACCGUCCUCAUGGAGAAUGGGAUUUUACGGACGGUCGUCAACAAAGACGGCACCCUGGCGUCGCUGUGUUUGAUUGAUGCCAACAGGGAAGCCAUCUCCGACGGUUGUCAUGGGAACCAGUUUGUCAUGUUUGACGACGUCCCCUUGUACUGGGACGCGUGGGAUGUGAUGGACUACCACCUCCAGACCAGGAAGCCGCAGCAGGAGGUGGUGCAGCCUGUUUGCGUGGCGCGUCCCGGCGGGCUCCGCGGCAGCGUCCGCUUCAGCCUGAGAGUCGGCGAGAGGAGCAGCGUCACGCAGGAGGUCGUCAUGGACGCCACGUGUCCCUACGUCAGGUUCCACACAGAGGUGACGUGGGCGGAGUCACACAAGUUCCUCAAGGUGGAGUUUCCCGUGCGGGUGCACAGCCCCAACGCUACGUACGAGAUCCAGUUCGGACACGCGCAGAGGCCCACGCACAUGAACACGUCCUGGGACUGGGCCCGGUUUGAGGUCUGGGCUCAUAAAUGGAGCGACUUGUCCGAGCACAACUUUGGAGUGGCUCUGCUGAAUGACUGUAAAUACGGAUGCUCGGUCCGCAAAAACACCAUGACGCUGUCCCUGCUGCGAGCGGCUAAAGCCCCAGACGCCAACGCUGACAUGGGCACUCACCAUUUUACAUAUGCAGUCAUGCCGCAUGCAGGAUCCUUCCAAGACGCCGCCGUCAUCCGCUGCGCAUAUAACCUGAACUUCCCUCUGAGGUUGAUGGGAUGCUCCCCGGACACCGUGCCCUGGAGUGCCUUCUCCGUCAGCAGUGAAGCAGUCGUGCUUGAGACAAUAAAGCAGGCUGAGGGCAGGAAGGGAGCCUUUGUUGUGCGACUGUAUGAGUCACACGGAAGCAGCGUGACUGCGACCCUGUCCACGAGGCUCCCAGUGAAGGAGGCCUGGAUCUGUGACCUCCUGGAGAAGCAGGACCCCACCCAGCCGGCGCUGAUCACGACGGGCGGAGUUACUCUGACCUUCAGACCCUUUCAAAUCGUGUCACUUCUGCUCAUCCUGUGACACGUGUACGGCACAUUCGAACAUCUCAGGGUAAUUAGAUUCAGUGUGUUUGUAAUUGCCACAUCCCACAAUACAUUGUAGUGUGAAUAAAGAUUUGUGAAGGCAUCAACAA